AUGACCUACCCAUCUACCUACACGGCCUACCGUCGCAGCGCAGGUCAAGAGAAGGCCUCUCGUCAAAACCCUCUCACUCUUGAGCGAACCCAAGAAACUCUACCUAAGGAGGAGGAACUCGGUCCCAACGAUGUGGUUAUCAAGAUUCACGCUGUAUCGCUCAACUACCGCGACGUUGCUAUGCUGAUGGCAGAAUACCCUGUGCCUAACACUGAGCAAGGCAUUCCAUGCUCGGAUGCCUCCGCCGAGGUCGUUGGGUUGGGAUCUGCAGUCAAGAACUUCAAAGUGGGAGACAUUGUUGCUCCGAUCUGCAACCAAGGCGACUUUUAUCCCACGGAUGACAGCAGUUCUGUGGCUAUCGGUGCAAGUGCUCCCGGUGUACUCAGGGAAUAUGCUGUCUAUAAGGAGAAGCACUUGGUGCACUUGCCCAAGCACUUGUCGUGGGAGGAGGGCGCAAUGCUGCCUUGUGCAGGUGUAACUGCUUGGAAUGCCCUGGACUCGUUGAAGACAGUGCAGGAAAACUCUAGUGCUCUACUACAAGGCACCGGCGGCGUUUCCAUGUUCUCCUUACUACUUUGUCUCGCUGGCGGCAUCACACCAAUUAUAACUUCGUCCUCAAACGACAAGAUCAAGGCCAUUCAAGAUCGGAUCAGCGACAAAGUCCGCGGUAUCAACUACAAGACCGACGACCAAGCUUCCAAGAUCAAGGAACUUACCAACGGCCGCGGCGUCGAUUUCGUCGUUAACAACACUGGCGUCGGCUCUCUCAUCGACGACAUCUCCUACCUAUGCGCUCGUGGCGGCACCGUCUCGCUAGUCGGAUUUCUCGCUGGCUGGGAGGCAGACUGGAAGCCAGCGCAACUCAUGGCUUUGAUGGGUAAGGGUGCCAAGUUGAAGGGCCUCGAAGUAGGAUCGAGGAAGGAUUUCCAGGACAUGAAUGCGUUCAUUGAGGAGAAGAACGUCAAGUUCGAUGUGAUGCUUGAUAAGACGUUUGGGUUUGAGGACGCAAAGAAGGCAUUUGAUCUGCUGCUUUCGGGCAAGUUUUCGGGCAAGAUCGUUAUCAAGGUUGCGCAGUAA